UGACAAACAAGUUCAUUAGUCUUAAGGAAAUCUAUGUAACUUAAUUGGUUAUCGUGACAAUGAAAGCUGUUCUGUAUGUUAUCGUGUUAAUCUUGAUUCACGGUUUGCCAAUCGAUAAUGGAAACAAGAUCAUGACGAUGAGCUAUGGCGCCGUCGUGAAAGCUACGCCGGCAGAGGAGGAGGCGGUGAUGAUGAUGAACCCAUCAUCGCACAAUGAGGAGUACGGACAAUCAUCAAGAGCGCUACCGGGGACAUGGUUACACCAAUCUCCGCAGCCCUACGAGUCCCAUCGUCAAGGUGGUGCUGCGGCACCACCACCUUCUUCUUACGAGACGGCCUCUGCAUCAAAACUCUAUCAGCCACGCCGCCGCAUGCUACUCUGCUAGUUCAAUUCUCUGCAUUUCAGUUUUUUUCAUUGUUUUCGAGUUGAGAAAAGUCUCAAAUACGCGGUCGUACUAUAUUCAAAAAGUCAUUAAAUGCAUCUGCUUCAAAAUCAAUCAAUUAACCCCAUGAAGUUAUAUAAAAUGUUCAAUUCAGCCGUUUAGAAGGUUACCUCCCGGUUUCCCAGUCAAAAGUUUACGUGAAUUUUUAUGUGGCAAUUUUUUAAUUUUUUAAUUUUUUUUGGGAAAUAUUAAUUCAACUCACUUUUCUUUUCUAAAUAUGACACAAGUACAAAUCUCCUAUACCCUUCCCUUUCAUCUGUUGAAGUACAAGAUGCUGGCGACGAAGGCUAAAGGUGAAUGGAGGAUAAUGGUGAUGACGGCGAAAGUAGAUCGAAGAGUCAACUCAGCUCUUCAGUGAACAGGAUAACCGAUUGGCCGCCAAACCGCCAUGGCCUUUGACCUUCGAGAUCAACGACAGUCAACAUAACACUACAAGAAGAGGGGGUUUUAAUGACCACCAUAUAACGACAACUUCAAAAAAUUGUUGUUAAAAUAUUCUUUUAACAUUGAUCAAUGAGUUCAUCGUUAAUAAAUUUUAUCUUUAACAACCAUAAUGAAAAGUUGUCAUUAUUAAGUAACAACGAGCUAUCAUUAUUAUUUAAAUUUUUUUGAAAUGUAGUUUUUUUUAAAUUCAAUCGGAGAAGAAAAUCAAUAAAUUCGAUAAGGUUAAUUAUAA